AUGCUUAAGAUAAGUGGCAGUGAAUGUGCUAAAAUAUUAGGAGUGUUUCCAACGCCUGCUAUAAGCCAUCAAGAAGUGUUUCGCUCGGUAAUGAUAGAACUCGCUAAACGAGGCCAUGAAGUAACAAUGAUAACAACGGAUCCGGCAUUUCCGAAAGGAGGAGCUCCUGCAAAUUUUACAGAAAUAGACGUCAAAGAUGUAUCUUAUGCACAUUGGAAUAGCUUCAUCGCUAAAUACGGAGAGGAAAUCAAAUCUGAUCCAAUAACAUUUACUAAGUUAUUAUGUAAAUUACUAUUGACCGUUGUUGAAACACAGAUAAGAUCUCCUGAAAAAUGGAAAACUUACCUCGAUAAUUCUAAAAAUGGAGUUAUAUAUGUAAGUUUUGGCACUAAUGUAAAGCCGUCCAUGUUUCCACCGGAGAGCAUAAAGAUAUUCACAAAUGUCUUUUCAAAACUUCCUUACGAUGUUGUGUGGAAAUGGGAUAACGAUGAGCUUCCAGGACGACCGAAGAACGUUGAAAUUUCAAAGUGGCUGCCGCAAUCUGAUUUAUUAAGGCAUCCAAAAGUCAAACUCUAUAUAUUACAAGGAGGCUUGCAGUCAACAGAUGAAGCAUUAAGCGCUGGUGUGCCUGUUAUUGGUAUACCGAUGCUCGGUGACCAAUGGUUUAAUGUAGAGCAGUAUGUCAAAUUCAAUAUUGGGAAAGGGCUUUUGUUGGAAUCUAUGACCGAGGAGUCAUUGAUGGACGCUAUUACAACAGUGAUAGGAGAUGACAGUUAUCGUCAAAAUGUGAUUAAAUUACGCAACUUUAUAUAUGACGAACAACAACCGUCGAUAGAGCGCGCCGUGUGGUCGACGGAGUAUGUUCUGAGACACGGCAAGAGUGGAUACCUGCGCACCCCUGGGGCGAACGUAUCCUGGUCUGAGUACUAUGAACUUGAAGUAGUAUUAGUAGUACUUGGUGCACUAGCAACAUUAUUAGUCACUAUAGUAUUAGUUACACGUUUCAUUGUCUCAAAUAUAAGACCUUACUUGUAUGGGAAGUCAACAUUCGAUAUGGCAGAUACAAAGGCGGUGGUACUUUUUCUGUUUAUGUUAGCUGUAAUAGAAAUAGACAGUGCAAGAAUUCUAGCAUACUUCCCAACACCGUCGAUUAGUCAUCAAAUUGUGUUCCGUCCUAUAACGCAAGAACUAGCCAGGCGUGGACAUGAAGUCUAUGUUGUCACAACUGAUCCAGUCUUCACAAAAGGAAACGCUCCUGCCAAUCUUACAGAGAUUGAUGUCCACGAUGGAUCUUAUAGUAGAUGGCAAAAAUUAUUUGCACAUCACAGUGGCAAUAAAGGUGAUAUAAUGCUUCAAGUGAGAAAAUUUUUCGAAAGCUUCUCAACAAUCCUUGAUUAUCAAUUAGAUACACCACAAGUGAAAAACCUGUUAAGAAAUAAAGACAAAAAGUUUUUUGAUAUUCUCUUACUAGAAGGUUGUAACCGUUCACUUAUGGGAUUGGCACAUAUCUUUGAUGCUCCAGUAAUUCUGAUUAGUUCGUUCGGUGCUGUGCCUGUUCAAUACAGUAUUUUGGGUGCGCCUAUGCAUCCACUACUGUACCCCACUCCUGGUCGACAGAGGCUGUACAAUCUAUCAUUUUUGGAGAAAGGCUUGGAACUUUUUAAACAUGUAGCGUUAGAUUUUCUCAUUGCAACAACCGAAGAGUUUGAUUACAAAAUAAUGAAGAAGCAAUUCGGUAACGACGUCCCCACAUAUGAAGAACUAAGACCGAAGAUCCGAAUGAUGUUUCUGAAUGAACACCCUAUUUGGGCAGACAAUCGUCCUGUUCCACCGACCAUACAGUACAUAGGUGGAAUACACAAGGCUGAACAAAAGGAGUUGCCUAAGGAUCUCAAGCAAUUUUUAGACUCAUCCGAAAACGGAGUAAUAUACGUAAGUUUUGGCACAAACGUAUUACCAUCUCUUUUACCCAAAGAAAAAAUAGAAAUUAUGACGAAAGUAUUAUCUGCUCUGCCAUAUAACGUCCUUUGGAAAUGGGAUAAAGAAUCACUGCCAGGACAAUCGAAGAAUAUUAAAAUAGAAAAAUGGUUCCCGCAAACAGAUGUUCUAAACCAUCCCAAUGUGAAACUAUUCAUAACUCAAGGAGGCUUACAAUCGACUGACGAAGCUAUUGAUGCCACAGUACCACUGAUUGGUAUUCCUAUGUUAGGAGACCAAUGGUACAACGUUGAAAAAUAUGUUCAUCACAAAAUUGGAUUACAACUAGACAUAACAACAUUAACGGAAAAUGAUUUCAAAAACGCAGUGAAAACUGUAAUUGAAGACAAAAGCUUCAAAAACAACAUCGUAAGACUACGGAACUUAAUGAGAUCAUACGCGAUCAAGCCUCUUGACAAUGCUGUUUGGUGGAUAGAACACGUCUUGCAGUACGAUGGACACCACCUCCAAUGCCCUGCUGCUGAUUUGAAUUGGUUUGAAUAUUAUGAAGUUAAAUUGAUUUUAACUAUCCUAACUGUCAUAGUAUCUAUUUUAGCUAUUUUAGGUUUUACCCUCAAGUUACUAUUAAAGUUCAUUUACCGCUUAAUUAAAUCAACUAUGAAGGUUAAAACUCAAUAA